AUGGACACCCCACCCCCACCCCCAUCCCCACCCCCCACGGGCACCAGCGUCCCCAACCCACCACCCUCCUACCCCGCCGACACCAAGCACCCGCACCCACCCCCGCCAAGGCCACCAUCCACAGACUCCUCUGCCCCAUGGCGCUACUACCUCACUAGUCUCGCCGCCUCCCUCUUCCUCCUCUACCUCGUCCUCCCGCCCACCGUCACCAACACCGCCAGCGCCCUCCUGCCCUCCCCAGAGCCCUACUUCUCCGCAGACCGCUUCCUCGCCUCGCGCCUCGGCUACAAGCUCGUCGCCGACGUCCCGCGCGCGCUGGUCCCCGGCGGGAAGGGCGUUAAGCGCGGUGGUGAGGGGCGCGGGAGGGUCAUUAUCAUCGGGGAUGUGCAUGGGAUGUUUCAUGAGUUGGUAAAGCUCCUCGAAAAGACAAACUACGACCCCGAGAACGACUACCUCGUCUUCUCCGGCGACAUGAUCUCCAAGGGGCCCGACUCCCUCAAGGUCCUCGACCUCGCACGAAGCUACUCAGCGGGCUGCGUGCGCGGCAACCACGAAGACCGCGUUCUCCUCCACUGGCACGACCUUCAAAAGAAGAAGCGCAAGGGCCGCAAGGGCGGGCGCCACAACGGCAAACACCCGCGCACCGCCGCCGCCAGCAUCGACGACCUAGAGCUCGACCCCGAGGAAGACGACGAGGAAGAGGAGACCGUCGAGGUCGCCGACGACGCAGACGACGAGUUCACGACGGAGCGCAUCAGGAACGAGCGGAAGCUGGCAAAGAGCUUGAGCCGGAAGCAGGCGGCAUGGCUGGACGCGUGCCCGCUGGUGCUAAGGAUGAAGAAGGUUGCGGAUCUGGGGCAGGUGGAUGUGGUGCAUGCGGGGCUUGUGCAUGGCGUGCACCUGGAGGACCAGGACCCGAAGGCGAUCAUGAAUAUGCGCAGCUUGGAUAAGAGGCGGCUGACGCCGCUGCCGGAGGGGGAGAGGGAUGGCGUGCAUUGGGCGGAUGUGUGGAAUCGGGGGGAGAAGGAGAGGAGGAAGGGGGAUGGGGAGGGGCCUACGACUGUUGUGUAUGGGCAUUAUGCGGCGAAGGGAUUGGAUAUUAGAAAGUACUCGAAGGGCCUAGACUCGAACUGCGUGAGAGGAGGCAGGCUGAGUGCGUUUGUGAUUGGGAAGAAUAAGGAGGAGCUGGUGAGUGUGGGCUGUAGGACCUUUCUGAAGGAUUAG